GCGCGCGGCGCUGGCGUCGUCGUCACUACCGGUGUCUCUAGCGGCGACCGGUUCGGUUGCGGUUGGUGGCGGUGACAGGCUCCGACCCGAUCUGCGCGCCCAACUCUCGGAGCACCUGCGGAUCCAGCUAUAGCGUGGAACAGCAGCAGCAGCACCAGCCUUACCAAGCACCCUAGAUGUGGAGAUGAGCCAUGGGCAGGCGAGUGGUGCCGACUACGACUACCUCAUCAAGUUCCUGGCGCUGGGUGAUUCCGGCGUGGGCAAGACUAGCUUCCUCUACCAGUACACAAACUCGACCUUCAAUAGCAAGUUCAUCUCCACCGUGGGCAUCGACUUCCGCGAGAAGAGAAUCACGUACCGCUCUCCCGAGGGCGGCGGCCGCAGCCAGCGCAUCUACCUGCAGCUGUGGGACACGGCGGGCCAGGAGAAGUUCCGCAGCCUGACCACGGCCUUCUUUCGAGAUGCCAUGGGCUUCCUCGUGCUCUUCGACCUCACUAGUGAGCAGUCCUUUCUCAGCAUCCGUUCGUGGCUCGAGCAGUUGCGCACGCACGCGUACUGCGAGAACCCGGAUGUGGUGCUCUGCGGCAACAAGGCGGACCUGGAGGAAGGACGUGCAGUGACCGAGGAGCGGGCGAGGGCCGAGGCCGCCAAGCAUGGCUUCCCUUACUUCGAGACGAGCGCCGCCACGGGCCACAACGUGGGACGCGCCGUGGACGCGCUGCUCGAGCUGGUCAUGCGCCGCAUCCAACAGACCGUGGACCGCGGCGGAGGGGGCCAGGCGCUGCCGCACCAUGCGGGCCCAAGGUCUCCGCUCACUGACGGGGACCCGCUGCGAAGGGCCCCCGGCGAGGACCCGCUGCCGCCCACCCACAAUGGCUGCACCUGCUAGUGUUAGGCUGCACGGGACGAUGCCCACAGUCAAGAGGCGAUCUCCUCCUCCUGCUGCCAAGCCCCCAAAACCCUUCUGGUGUCCGGCAGCGCCGAGAUCACCCGAACCCCACCUGGAGGAGGCGCCUUCCUCCUCCCUGCAGCACAUCUCUCUCCAGCUCGUGCAUUUUGUGUCCGGAGAAAUCCCAAGAGACUCUCAGGGCGCCGGUCUGGUUGGCUGUGUGUGGCGCAACGUUAUGGUUUAUGCUGGCCACUUGCAGGGGGUCGGGCUUUCUGGACCAAGCUUUACCAGUGUUUUUAUUGGCUGCGAGAAAGAGGCCGUGGUCUUCUAGUCCUCCCCUCUCCCCCCCCCUUUUUUUUUUGUUCGUGUCGCAUUUUUUUUCCAAUUGUUUAACCUGCUCUGUGAUUAUAUUUUUUUUUUCUUUAAGGUGGUCAGGAUAGCUAAACCAGAUAUGUCUGAUAUUAGCACCGGCAUCCCCUCCGACUCGCUGCAAAGAAUCUAAACAUUCUCGUGCAUUCACGAUGGCAAGACAGGAAGCUGUGUGUUUUUUCUUUUCUUUCCAACCCCUGAAAUUAUGGCGCGAGGUACAAAGAUAGGAUCACGUGGUGUUGUUUUAACUUUCUAAACUAACUUUUCGACAAUAUUCUAACAUCUGUGACAUUUCUGCCACUGAUAGCCUGUAAAAUAAGGUGCACCACACCGUGCAACAGGAGUUAUCAUUGUCGUUUGUGCCGACGGUUUGAUCAAGCACGUGUUCGUAUGUAUACUAUUUGUUGGUCAGCACAAUGCCUAGAUAUGUUUCUGCAGUUCUGCGUUAAUCCAGCGUGCGGGAGGCGACGCAGGUGUUGCGUGUUGCAGCUUUGUAGCGGAUGCCGAACCGUAUUCUUUCUUCUUUUAUUUUUUAUUUCCUGAGCGUGCCUAUAUACAGGUGCAAGGAUACAUAAGGGUAAAAGCACAAGGAAGUCGACCGCACUGCGAGACAGAUGGUCUGGCAUUAAGCUUUUGGCGCUGGAACGGAUUUGUCAAUUCUAUGGAACCUUCUAAGCUGUCUAAGCUAAUGACUGCAACGAUAUACCGCAGCAGUGUCUGAGAAGCCAAUUCGACUGAGUAUACCCAUCUGCCACCCGUCUUGAAUUUUAUGUACACUCACUUCUUAAACAGCCAUAGCUGUGCUGUCAAGUGAUCUUCAUUCAUUAACUGCGACGUCUCUCAUAGCCUAGGGUGACAUUUGCUUGAAGAGACCAGACACUCUAUUCUUCAUAACGCUGGUAUGGUUGCACUGCCCUUUUGUUCUAUACGUGAAAUACGUGGAAGAAGAUUCGAUACAGGAUUUUUUCGUUUGCCAAGGGUACACAGUCAUGGAGGAAGGAAAUAAUAGGAGGAAGCAUAACGCAACGAGACUGAAGCCAAACCUGUUGGCCGAACACGUGAUCACUCGCCAAAGUUGUCGGUUGGUUUCGGUGUUCGCGCUCUGUGGGCAAAGUCGCGGCAGGGCAGCUGAACAAGCAUCAUUAUCAUCAUCAUCAUCAUCAUCAUCAUCACCACCAUCCUCGUCACCGAAUAAAAACUACUGGCAUAGGUACAGGGAACCAAACUUCUCAGCAAAUCUGCAUUCUUGCUCCGUGAUCUCGACGCGAGAGGUGACGUAUUGGGCCACCACUGAGCAAAUGUAUGAGCUUGACGGAGCGUUCGCUGGUCAAGGCUGGCUGCAUGACGUAAUGCUCUCUCCUAUCUUUUUCCCUCCUCCAUGUACACAGCACCGGCACUGCUAUAGUCGGAGAGCCUAUUGUUUUAAAAACGUCGGUUUCCAGUGUGUGGUAUCGCAAUGGUGUGUCACCCUGCACACGUUGUAAUUGCACUUCAGUUUAUUUUCUUUUUUCUUUCUUCUUCUUCUUCCGUGUCAUGUUGCUGCCAACAGGGUUCGGACGAGGCACUGGUCCGCUGCACGAUCUUUCAAAGCCACAUCUUGGUCUCUCUGUGCCGGAUUCGGUUUUCACGCAGCGCCGCCACAGUUUUCGCGGCGCUGACGUCGGCGCCACGAAAACACAUUCCACGAAAACGCUGUUCAGCGCAUUGCCGGUGUCCACUUAAAAAGACGCCUCACAGAGCAUCGCAUGUGACCGCGUGCCGGAUAGUUUAUACCGCUGACAUGAUUAGCCUGCACAAAUGCUGACAAUCCACCACACUAAGCAGAAUAAAGCAAAUCAAAUGCUAGUCACCUAUGCUGACUGUUAAGAUAUUUUGUAAUUACCUCAGCCUAGAAGAGUGGCAAGUUUUAUAAAUGAAUUUAUGAUAGUGUUACUGCUGCGAUCGUUGCAUACGCUUUUGCGAGACCAAAUUCAAAUGAGUUCGCAGUUAUCAUCGCGAGUAAGACGCUUCUGAUAAAUAUUGACGCCGUAUGUUGAGCCUUUGGCAGUUUCGGAUGAGUUUAAAAACAUUGUUCUGCAGUAGAUUCUGGUAAAAUAUAAACUAUUAACAGCCCAUCGCCUUGAGCUAUCGCGAGCAAAUGAAGACGAAUUUCCUUGCCAAAGAACACUAUUCUCAAUCACUUUACCAAGACGCUUCCUGUAGUUGUGAAUCACCUCGUCCUGCGUUUCACGCUUCGCACCUGUGUGCCUGCUCACCCAUCUCGAUACAGCUUUUUCCAAAUUCCUGUUUACUGCACUCGCCUUGCAAAACCUUGCCUUGCGACACCUUGCCCUACAAAACUCGCAUUUACUUCUCGGCAGGGCAUGUUGCUGUUUACGUGUGCAUGCCAAUGAAAUCUUCGAACAACACAGGAGUGUGUCUUUCCACGUACACGUUAUUUUUCUUAUACGAAAAUCUACAAGAUACGAGCAACACGUAACGGAACUCGUAAUGGAACUCAUGACAGCGCCGUCGUCUAGAAGGUAUUCCAUCUGCAAGAUGAGGAACGCUUGCGCUUUGCUUCCGUGUUCCGUGCUCGCCAUUAAAUUAACGAACAUAAAUUACUGGAAAGCACGCUGGCGACUAUUAGGCACGUGAAAUUGCGUAUCACAAAUCUGACGACCUUCGCGUCUGGCUCUACGAGCUUCGUGGCGUUUAUAUUCGCCCGCUGCGCUGUCACCGCCAAUGCACAAUUAUUCUAUCGAGAUUUCAGCAAAUCGUAACACAUGCCCGCAACACGCUCUCACGGCAACUUGGUGGUCUGCGCGACCAACUUCGGGGCGUAGCAGUGCCUACACUACGGUCACCGCGAGCGAUGAGGUUUUGAGACAAGACGAGCUUCGCGCACGUGACAGCAACAUGCCCUGCCGUGCGGCACGCGAAUCCCACUCCCACCGCGUCUCUGCAGUCACUCCCUGCAAUCCUCACAGCGCGCGUGCAUCCAAAGCGCUUUCUUCCCGGUGUCCGAAAAAACCCUGCGUGCCUCAAGUCGUUCCGACAGUAUGACGCCUGUAAGUGCAGCCAGUGGUGUGACGUCGUGCGUACGCGGUCCCUUAUGUCUGACCACGUAAUGAAAAAAAAAAGAAAGAAAAGAAAGAAAGGCGAACUGCGCAGAUCGUCGUCAUCGUUGGUGUGUUUGUGUGUGUGCAUGCCGAAGUGCGUGGAAAGCCACGUGACGGGAGCGGGGCUAUAGCUGUCGCGGACCCCGAUCACAGCUUUCCCGGCAUCGCAGACACAAGCGACUCGAAGCGUUCGCUUUGAUGUUACGAGUAAAUCUUCUGCCCAAGAGGCUGUAAGCGGCACGUCGAGAAGACUUUCUGUUAUACUUGUUGAGUGUGAAUAAAAAUGAAUUGCAAAAGAAGAA